UAUGAAGAUUUUGUGCCAACAUCAAUGAUGGUUCAGGAAAAAGACUAUGACACUCUUCUCUUUAAUCUUUCAGGUUUCAAGAAAGAACAAGUGAAAGUUGAGUUGUGCAAAACAGGGAAUCUGACAAUUAGUGGACAAAGGCCAGUUAAUAAAUGGCAGAGGUUUCAGAAAGUCAUUCCUGUUUCAGAAAAUUGUGACAAAAGCAAAAUCAGUGCUAGGUUUGUAAAUAGAAAUAUUCUUUGUGUUAAAUAUCCAAAACUAAUCAUUUCAGAAGAAAAAAAGGAUAAAAAUUUGCCACCUUCAGCUACAAGCCAAAAGACCACUUUAAAGGAUAAUGCUGAGAAUGGUCCUACUAAAGAGCCAGUACUGAAAGAAGAACCAAAGAACAUUAUUCCAAAAACUAAUGAACAAACAGAGGCCAAAAGUCUUCCCAAAAGCACUUCAGGAGAUGGAAAAACAACUAGUUUAUUCACUAAACCAGAUGAUCAAUCGAUAAAUGAUAAGGAAUUGCCACAACAGGAUCAAAAUACCACUUCAAUUGAUGAGCCAAAGAUUAAUAAUUCAAGAACCAGUGAACAAACAAGAGUUAAACCAGAUAACGAUAACAGCAACAACAAUAACAAUAACAACAGAGCCUCAGUUCCAAACAAGUUGGGGCCGGCUGGUGAUUUGUUCGCAAAGCUGAAGAUGCGAAAGGAAGUGAUAAACAUGACCCUGGUUGCUCUGUUGUUUCUUUGUGUCGGUCGUUGCGCCAUCAAUGUGAUGAAGUCUCCCAAGAAAGCUAAAGAAUGAGGCUAGCUUGUCUUCCUGGAAAUUUAAUUUCAAAGUUGGGAUAUUAGGCAUUUCCUUUGGUGAUAGAACUUAUAAAGGUUUAUUCAAUGUAAUCAAUGAAAUUGUUAUGAUUAGAACAACUGUCAUUUGGAUACCUGCAAUCAUGAAAUAUACUAGUCAUUGAUGUUUGGCUAAAA